AUCAGCUGCUCGUUGUUAUCGUUCGGUGACAAAUUUGUUUGGAAUUCUGGUGAAUAGUUUUUCGUCUUGAUUGGAGGUGUGACGUCUCGACGUUUGCAUGAUUUAUUAGGAUUAUGUAGUAGGAGGAUGUGGAAGAGGAGCUGCUGGUGCCUAGGUCUAAUUACAUAGAGCAGGGGGGUAGUGGUCCUCGGCAGACAUGCUCAUCAAGGAGUACCGCAUUCCUCUGCCCCUUACGGUAGAGGAGUACAGGAUCGCGCAGCUUUACAUGAUAGCGAAAAAAAGUCGAGAAGAAAGUAGUGGAGCUGGAAGUGGCGUAGAAAUUUUAAUAAAUGAACCUUACAAAGAAGGGCCUGGAGGACAAGGCCAGUACACUAAAAAGAUUUAUCAUGUUGGGAGUCACCUACCAGGAUGGAUUAAGGGUAUCCUUCCCAAAACCGCUCUGAUGGUUGAAGAGGAAGCCUGGAACGCAUAUCCCUACACAAAAACCAGGUACACUUGCCCUUUCGUGGAAAAAUUCUCCCUGGAAAUAGAAACUUAUUAUUUUCCCGACAACGGGCAUCAAGAAAACGUUUUCAAGCUCCAAGGCAGUGACUUACGCAACCGAAUCGUUGAUGUUAUUGACGUUGUAAAGGACGUGUUGUACGGUGCGGAUUACGUCAAGGACGAAGACCCAUUGCACUAUGUUUCGGAAAAGUCCGGUAGGGGGCCUUUAAGUAACGAUUGGUUGGAGGAGUACUGGGACGAGUUGAAAGGAAAAUCUCAACCCCACAACGGAAAAUCUCUGAUGUGCGCUUACAAACUGUGCCGGGUCGAGUUCAGAUACUGGGGAAUGCAGACCAAAAUAGAAAAGUUUAUUCACGAUAUAGCGCUGAGAAAAACGAUGCUGAGGGCCCACAGGCAAGCCUGGGCUUGGCAGGACGAAUGGCACGGUCUCACCAUGGAAGACAUAAGAGAAAUAGAGAAACAAACCCAGCAAGCGCUUAAAAGAAAAAUGGGACAAACUGAAGAUGAAAUAGAUGAAGACGACAAUUUAAACAACAGCUCUUCCAAAGAGGAUCCGGGCAAAACUCUCGCGGCAACACUGGGCAGUAUAGAGGUGUGCGAAGACAGCCCGUUGCUCACCAAAACCAACAUACCUACAAUUCAAACAGCCGGGAGUUCUGAUGGAGAUCUUUCGCCCGAGGAUGACAUAAGACUGCCGUUAAAAAGAGAAGAUAAAUGGUCGCAUGGGCCACAUGGAAGAAAUCUUCAUUCGCCAGGUGCAUCUUCAGUGAAAAGCUUUGAUUUGCAAGUCGGAAAUUGGAGGAUAGAAAGUCUUGGAAGAGACUCCGAGUCGGGAUCAGAUGAAGAGUUUUUCGACUGCGAAGAUAUGACUGGAACCUCUUCCCUCGCAAAAUGGAGUUCUCUGGAUCUUCUCCAAGAAGAAGACGACUCCACCUCUCCUACAGUAGUUAUAGAAAGAAACGAUGAUAGCAUAUUUUCACCGACAUUCCUUCAAAGGGUGGCCAGCGAACGCGGUAACCGGAAGACCCUGCAAAGGGGCAAAGUGAACUCCUUGGACACUUCCGGUCCGGAAUCUCCCGGGGCUUCACCCGCCCAUCUUCCUUGCAACACCACAGUAUUAUUGUUAGUUCUACAUGCCGGAAGUGUAUUAGACGCCAACGUGGACAUGACGGCGAAAAAAUCGGACGUCACGACGUUCCGCGGCGCGUUCGAGUCGGUGAUGCGGCAGCACUACCCGUCACUGGUGGGGCACAUCGCCUUGCGGCUCGUGUCCUGCCCCUCUAUAUGCACCGAGGGCCUGGGCAUCCUCUCCAGCCUCAGCCCGUACAGCUUCGACGUGUCGCCGUCGUGCAUCGACGUGCCUCAGGUCACGCACGACUCGAUUCCGAUUGGCGCGAUGCCGGUGCUGGCCACCUCCACCCAAGACUAUCAAGAAGCCGUGUCGCGGACAAUCAACUGUGCCAACAACGCUUAUCAAGAAUUUAUAAAAUCAGAAGAGGGUCAAGGCUUUACGGGUCAAAUAUGUUUUGUCGCCGACUCCAUCGGCUCCAUUUUAGGCUACGAUGCUCUAUGUCGUACCCUGAAAUAUGCAUCUCGUCACGGAAGCGAAAACAGCAUUCUGGAUAACGAUGCUGGCUUCAAAGACGAAGUUCAAGUGAACGAAACUGGUCACUUGGUGGCUCCUUCUCCUCGUAGGAGAUCGUCCUCGACCAGCGAUCAGUCGGGACAGAUCAAGUUGGAGUUUGACGUCUCCGAUUUCUUCAUGUUCGGCAGUCCCUUGGCCUUGGUGCUGGCUUACAGGAAAAUUUCGUCGUCAGAUGAGAAACAAAAUAGUAUAACCCGUCCAAGUUGUCUUCAAGUUUAUAAUUUAUUCCAUCCAACCGACCCGGUAGCCGCAAGACUAGAACCACUUCUAUCAGCCAGAUUCUCCAUACUUCCUCCUGUAAACGUGGCGAGAUACGCCAAAUACCCUCUCGGUAACGGGCAACCCUACCACCUACUUGAAAUACUUCAAACUAACCCGCAAAUGUUUAGCGAUAACGCGCAACCUAGGCGCUUAUCGGAGGUAUCCAUACAAAGCACGGUUUCCGGUAUCAUUGAUAACAUUCCUCUACAAGCCAUUAACGCUUUGCAACAAAAAUGGUGGGGCGGCAAGCGCAUGGACUACGCGCUCUACUGCCCGGAAGGUCUGUCGAACUUCCCGACCAACGCGCUGCCGCACCUCUUCCACGCCAGCUACUGGGAGAGCUGCGACGUCAUAGCCUUCAUUCUGCGGCAGGUGGGCGGCAUCGAGGCCAUGCCGCUCGGCGGAAACGAGGACCGCGAGCCGAGCUUCCGGCCCGGCCAACCGCGGGAGAAGUGGAACAAAAAGCGGACCUCGGUCAAGUUGAAGAAUGUUGCAGCAAAUCAUAGGGCCAACGACGUCAUAGUCAAAGAGGGUGCCCCUCAAGUAUUAAUAGCAAGAUUCAUGUACGGCCCUUUGGAUAUGAUAACCUUGACCGGCGAAAAGGUGGACAUACACGUGAUGAAGGACGUUCCCAGCGGAGAAUGGACGCAGAUAGGGACGGAAGUUACCGAUAAAACCGGAAGAAUAUCCUUAACCAUUCCGGAAGAUAAGUCUCUCGGAUACGGAAUGUUUCCCAUAAAGAUGGUGGUGCGGGGAGAUCACACGUCUGUGGACUUUUUCCUGGCGGUGGUUCCCCCGAAAACGGAAUGCGUCGUUUUCAGUAUUGACGGUUCCUUUACGGCGAGUAUGUCGGUUACCGGGAGAGAUCCAAAAGUCAGAGCGGGAGCCGUUGACGUAGUCAGACAUUGGCAAGAACUGGGCUACCUUAUAAUCUACACUACCGGACGUCCGGACAUGCAGCACAGGCGGGUAGUUUCCUGGCUUUCCCAGCACAAUUUCCCGCACGGUUUAAUUUCCUUUGCCGAUGGACUUUCCACCGAUCCUCUGGGGCACAAAGCUGCCUACCUAAACAACCUCAUACAGAAACACGGGGUGGUAAUUUUCUCCGCGUACGGCAGCGCCAAAGACAUCGGCGUGUACACCUCUAUAGGCUUGAAGCCCAAACAGAUUUUCAUUGUGGGAAAAGCGUCCAAAAAACAGCACGCCCAGGCCACGAUACUGACCGAGGGCUACGCCGCCCAUCUGACCACUCUGAUGGCUUACGGGGGCUCCAGACCUGCGCAGGGCAACGCCAGAAUGGUCAUACCCAGGGGGUACUUCGGACUCCCUGGCCAAGGUUUUUCCAGGAGAAGAAGGUCGGCAAAAAGAUCGACCUCAUUUCCAAUCGCGACGGAGAUUCCUCAAGCGAUUGAGCGGUCUCUGAGCCAGAGACGGUAUCAGCUACCGAAACCGACCGUCAUCAUCGCCAGCAACCACGGCACCUCCUAAUCUCCCCACUAUAAUCUCCUAAAUCUCUCUAUAUACUCUAUACCCUUGUUAGUGGUUAGGUAUCAUUAGAUUAAGAGUUCGUUUUUUUAUUUGGACUUUGACAACAACAAGAAAGUUAUUAGACAUUAUUUGUCGAUAAACUGUCAACUAAACUAAUCAAAUGUAUCGUGCAAAUAAAAAAAGAACUCUACUUGAGUUCGUUUUUUUAUUUGGACUUUGACAACAACAAGAAAGUUAUUAGACAUUAUUUGUCGAUAAACUGUCAACUAAACUAAUCAAAUGUAUCGUGCAAAUAAAAAAAGAACUCUACUUGCCGUUGUUUAUAUUUUUCUACCUGUUGUUUAGUUAAAUGGUAUUUUUAAAAGACAUUAUUUACUUCUUAACUUUUCAAUUUUUUUAAGGAUAAAAGGUUUAAAUUAAUUAUAAAAUUAAAUUUGACUUGUUUCUAGGCAGUCAAUGGUAUUUUGGUUUAAUUAAGUUUGUUAUUAUUACUGGUUUACAGUUGGUAACACCUCAGGGUAUUUUUUGGUAAUAUCAAAGUAAUAUUAUUUGGAUUUAAAGACAGAAUAAACUCUUAAUUUAUCAUUUUACAUUUUUAUUGAAUAUUAAUUCCACUUAUUUUGGCUUAAUGUGAUAUGCUUAAGUCUCAUAUAUAUUGUGUACUAUGUGUAAAUACUUAAUGUAUAAAAAAUAGAGAAUACCAAAUUAUGUAAAACAUAUUAGAAUAUACUAUAUUAUAUAUUUUAUGAUCAACUUGAUACGUUUAAAAAUAUUUAUUAAAUAAAGUAUAUAUUUAAUAUAAGAUGCAGGUAAAUAAAUACUUCAAGUUUAUAUAUUUGUAGUUGUUAUAAUUGUUAAAAUAUGUAUUAUUAUCUAAAAAUUUUCCCAGUAUUAUAAAGUCUUAGUGUGAUUUGUUGAAAAUAUUAAACUUUAAGUAUUUUUUAGCUGCAAAACUAUUUAUUUUGUUACAAAACGUUCAACAGUUUUAUAAAAAUCCAUUGAUUCUGUUGACAACAGUUAAAAAUUAAAAAUGGUAAAAAAUCAUUUCUGAAUUGGAAAAACAUUGUAAUUAUUGUAGGUUGUGAUAGAUUUUAAAGAGUUUAUGUAUAUUUCAAUAUUUACAUGUAUAUAUGUAUGAAAUUGUUGCAAUAAAGCGGUAA